UUAGUGCAUUUGUUAUAUGCGAUGAUAUAGUGUUUCUGGUGUUCUCUCCGAGAGUGAAUCUAAUUUGUCGCGCGGAGUGUUGGACUUCUGUACAUUAACCUAGUUUUCCUGUGCGGGGGGCAUGGACCCCCCAAGGUCUUCUCGUUAAUCUCAUUUGUAUACCGUAUUUGUCGAUCCACGCCUCUUCAUUCUUUAUUCUUUUUGUAUUGAAAGUGCCAAAUGUUUAAGUGAGAGGAAAUCCAUUUUUGUUGCUUUAUUUUAGCAAGGAUACAUUUUGCGAUUAGAUAUAAAUAUUUGCAGCAUUUGCAGUGUAUUUCUCUGACUCAUUGUGACUCAUAUGUGUGUGAGUAUUUAUUAAAGAAAAAUGCCUGCUCCACCGCCUCCGCCACCACCAGGAUUUAGCUUAACGAAUUCUGCUGCAUCCGGGGAACAGGGCAGAAAUCAAUUGCUCCAAUCAAUCAGGGCUGGAAGAACAUUGAAAAAAACUGUCACUAAUGAUAAGAGUGCUCCUGCAAUUGGUGGGAAAGUGAAAGUAGGAAAUUCAAAUUUAUCAAGCACUGGAGGAAACAAUAAUUCGAGUUCAAAUGUGUCGAAUAGCAUCAGCAGCGGUAGCAUUAGCAAUGGAAGUCCAGCGGGACUUGGUGGCCUUUUCGCUGGAGGAAUGCCAAAAUUAAAACCCACUGGACUCAGGGGAAAUUUAGAGGAGAGAAGCAAUGGGAACAGUGUAAAUAAUACUAGUAGCAAUCAUCAGGCUCAUAGCACUCAUACAAUUCCAAGUGUGAAACGAGGUCCUCCACCUGUACCACCGCCAAUCACGCAGAAACCACAGUUGAACACGGAUUCGUCGUCGACGACAACAAUCACGAGUAAUGCGGAGGGUCACCAAAAGGGUUUCGGUAAAUUGAGUCAUGCGCCGAGACCACCACCGCCAACGGUUGCGGCCCCAAAGAAACCAUCGCCACCGCCGAAAAAAUUGGGUCUCACGGCGGGAACAGUGGCGAGGGCGCAAAGUAUGCGACUACCACGUUCGCCACCGGUGUUGGCGCCAAACCCCUCAUCCCUACAUCAGUCGCAGGACUGUCUCAAUGUCACGGAAAUGCAGCAGAGACGAAUAUUGCGACCGCCAGUUGUUAGACCGCCAUCGCCACCAAUUUCGAGGGCGAGCAGUACAACAACAAUAACGCGAGCAGCACCACCGCCACCGUCGCGUGUUCCCGUCACGGCGCCAAGUAUACCGCCACCACCGCCUCCACUUCCACAUCGCGUCGGUCAAACGCACCAGAGGAUAGCGCCACCGCCACCCCCAACACCUCCCACGAGAGGCUCAUCAAUUAAAAAUGGUCAACCAAUUUCCAUUGAUUUAGAAGCGAGGUUCGGCAAUCUAUUUCACUCGAUUGCCGAGUUUCCGUCACCCGAACCCUUUACCAGAUGUCCCAAGGUCUACAAUAGUAAAUUAGUCGCAUCCAAGCAACAAGCUCCACCACCACCGCAACGAUCGGCGGCACCUGCCCCCAGUUCGAUGGCCCAAUUAAAAUCAUCAUCUGGGGGUAAACAGUGGCAGCAGAAUGCGGCUUCAUCAGCAUGUUGAGAGAGAGAGAGAGAGAAAAAAAAGAGAGAGACCCAAUUUUUAAUCUACGUGAUAUCUCGUUCUUUAUUUAUGAGUCGCCUAGUUAGCUUAUAAUUAUAAAUAAUGUUCUUAAAACAUUGCCAAAUUUUAAGAAAAUUGAGUAACAAAGAAUACGGAGUAAGAAAUAUAAGGACCUAGGCGUCAAAGUUUCAACUAACUAUAGUUAGAAAACUUUCCUUCCUCGUUGUUAAAAAAAAACGAAAAAAACAAGAAAAAAAAUAUUUAUCCCCUUUUCAAUUUUUAAAUGCAUAUCUUCGUCAUUUUAUCCAUAUCAAAAUUCAAUUUUCUGUAUAGAAGACAAUUUUUUAUUUAUAAAAUCUAAUUUAUUAGUUGAGGAGUGUUGGAGAAACGUUUUAUUUCCUAACGAUUCAUUUUUUGGAAAAGUUUUCUUUUCGACAAAAGAAAUUCUAAAAGGAAACAAGAAAGCAGAGGAACAAAGAAGAAAAGGAAAAAUGAGUCGAUUUUUCCUCCUCAUUUAGAGAAAAUAAGAAAAAAAAGGUAAAAAAAGUCUUUUGGACGAGGGAAAAUAGUUUUCUUUCCUAUGUUAUAAGGACAGACCUAUAUUGUUAUGCACACGGUGCACUGAAAUGGAAGAUUUACUUUAUACAAGAUGUGAAAGAUGAUGAUGCACGUUAGCAUUUCGAUAAAGACAGAAACUUUACCUUUUUUAACAUAAUUUUUUUUUUUGUCUUUAUUUAAAUAGUAUUAAUCAAAAUUCUCGGGAAAUGAGAAAUUCAAUGAAAUUGCCAAAAGACAAUUUUUAAAAAAAAGUCGUUCUGUUUUUAAAAAGUAUUAACACUAUAUGAAACGUAUUCAUAAUUUUUUUUUGUGUUAAUUAUCUUUUUUUUAUCGUUUAACAAUAUAUUUUAUUUUUAAUCUUUAGUUUCGAUUUUUUAAUUAUAUGCUCCUAUUUUUUUCCUGUCUUACAUGUUUUAAUGUAAUUCGAAAGACACGAUUCGAGCGUGUGUGCAUAAUCUUGUAAUAUUGUUGAAAAUAUAAUACAUUAUAUAAUUUUA